UGAGAGGGUACACUAUUGCAACAUGUGGCAACUCUCUCUAGCGCGCAAGUAACAAACAUUUUGUUUUGUUUGCUGCGAUUUCGGGACACGCCGGUGACCAUGAAGAGAAGCAAGGACGAGGACAAGGAAGAGUCGUCUCCGCAGCCGACGACGCAUAAUUCUAUCGCUGGUAGUAACGGGCCUGAAUCCGCAUCUUCGGCGGCCAGUUCCGCAGUGGCGGCCACUUCAUUCGCGGUUUUCGAGGCAACCGCAGUAGGAGCCUCUGUUCGCACGACAGGACGCGUUAAGAAACCCAAACAAGUGUAUGAUCCCUCGGACAACUAUGUGUCUCGGGCCAGCAGCAAUCGCAGUUCCCUUGGUGGGGCAGCUGGAUCAGCAGCCGUGGCUGCCACCACCGCCCAGUCACCGCCUGACAAUGGGGCUGCCAAGGACGCCAGCGAUUCCCAGGACUCCACACCCAGCCCAGCGCUUCCCGAGCAGCAGCCGUCGCAAAGUCGCAACUUCGACACGUGCCAAAAGUGUGCCAAAAGCGAGCCGAAACGCGGUUCCGGACACAAAAGCAACUUCCUCACUUGCAAGGGCUGCAUGCAGAAAUGGCACUUUCCUUGCUUGCCUAUAAACUUCGAGAACCAGAGCCUGGCCCGCAAGAAGUACAAGUGCGACAAGUGUCGCUACUGCCAGGUGUGCAACGUUCGCGGUCGGGACUUGGCCAUCUGCAGCACCUGCGUGGCGGCCUACCACGCGGACUGCAACGACCCCACAAUCAAGCAGAACAAAUCCGUGGACACCAAUCCCAAAUGGAAAUGCUUUAGAUGCGAGGCGAGCAGCAACGGAAGCAACACGAGCCCGCCUAGCGAAGAGCAGACGUCGGGCAGGAAAUCAAACGCUGGCCGCGACGACCAGUUAGUGGUGGCCAGAAAAUCCAAUGCGGGCCGCAAGAAGCGCAUCAAAUCCGAGCCCACAGGCCAAGAGAAGCCAGCGAAGAUCGAGAAGCUGGGCAAGCGCAGUCCGCCACUGAAAACUGAGGUGAAAAAGGAGAGGAGCGAGGAAAAGAAUGAGGAGCAACGAGAUCAGCCAGUGGUGGUUAAAGUAGAAAAGGUUGAAGAGGACGAGAAGGGUUGGGAGCCCGCGCAGCCAGAGAGUCAGGGCGAGCAGGAGUCAUUUCAGGAAUUGGUUCCCUCACGUCUUACGCCACCGCCAGCACAACAUGCAGCACCAGAUUGCUCCCUGAACUUUAGGGGGCAACCGGUUUCCACAUGGUCAGUGGAGCAGGUCGUUGGCUUUGUGGCGAAGCACUAUCCGAAGGAAGCGCACGUGUUCCGUUACCAGGACAUCGAUGGCGCCUCCCUGCUUCUGCUCACCCGCCAGGAUGUGAUGAACGGAUUCGGCCUGAAGCUGGGACCGGCGCUGCGCGUCUUCGAGCUCGUGAUGUCCCUGCAAAGUCGCUCUGACGAUGUCAGACUCGCCUGGUUCGAGUAGCGGCCUACCUCCUUAGCUCCUAAGAUCACGCGCCCCCCCGUAACUUUAUCCCAAUACUCUCAUCUAGAGCCAUCGCCAACCAAUAAAAGCUUAUAUUAAGUCUUCUGGCGAACGGCUUUCAUGCGCUCCAGUUUUAAGUUUGUUCUUCAUGUAACUCCACCCAUGCAAAUGCACAUACUUUGUAAAUGAUAUCUGCUAUAUUUGCAAAUAACUAUA